CCUACUCUGUCUUCUCUUCGAACUCAUCUGAGAUUCUUGAUAGUUGAUUCUGCUUCUCUUCUCAUCUUCCAAGGUAGAGAUGGCACUUGAAUCAAAUGCUCCAGUGGUGGAUCCAAACACUAUUGGCAAUUCGUUUGUUGAGCAGUACUACAACCUCUUGUAUAAGUCACCAGCGGAAGUGCAUCAGUUUUAUCUUGAUGAUAGUGUUUUAGGCCGCCCUGGUUCUGAUGGAGAGAUGGUUUCUGUCAAAUCCUUAAAAGCUAUCAAUGAGCAGAUUAUGUCCUUCGAUUACAAAAUCUCAAAGAUUCAGAUUUUGACUGCUGAUUCCCAAGCAUCUUACAAGAAUGGAGUUGUGACUCUAGUCACGGGUUUACUGACCGUGAAAGAAGGGGAAAGAAUGAGAUUUUCUCAAUCGUUUUUCCUUGUGCCGCAUAAUGGAAGCUACUUUGUGCUGAACGAUGUCUUUAGGUAUGUUGCUGAUGAGAUUGUUGAACCAGAAGCUAACAAGAAAGAGGUUGAGGAGGUGAUUCCUCAAGUGGUCCAAUCAACAGUCACUGUUUUGGCAGAGCCGGCGAAUGAAGUUGCAGAGCCAGUUACUAUCCCUGGUCAACAACCCGCGGCGAAACAGACUACUGAAAAUAUAGUGAAGAAACCAGAGAGAGCUGUAGCAAAUGGACAUCCCAAAACCCUGGAGGAAAAAGUUGUUAACGAUAAAAGCAAUGCUGUGGAUGCUCCCAAGAAAUCAUAUGCAGGAAUUGUCCAAUCUUUGGCUCAAAACGGUGCUACAUUCAAUGUCAAAGCUCCUCCUGCAAAGCCUAGGUCUAAGCCUGUUACAAAGCCGAGUGCUGCUCCUGAAUCCAAAGCUCCUGUGCCGGUUUCUGAACACUCUUCUGCUGAAACAGUUGACCAGCCAGGUUGUACGAUAUUUGUUGCCAACUUGCCCAUGGACGCGACACCAGAGCAACUCAAUGAAACCUUCAAAGGUUUUGGAUCUAUUACGAAAGAUGGUAUCCAAGUGAGAAGUUACAGGCUGAAGGGAAACUGUUUCGGGUUUGUGACAUUCGAAUCUGCUGAAGCUGUGAAAUUGGUCCUCCAGGCUCACAAAGGCUUAGCCAUCAGAAUCGGAAACCGCAAAGUUUCUAUAGAAGAGAAACGAGGCAACAACGAUAAUGGAAGACCCUCAAUGCGAAAUGGAGGUUAUAGGAACGAGAACGGUUACAGAAACGAUGGGGUUAGGCCUAGAGGCAACGGUUCCAAUGGAGGUCGAGGGUAUGGAAGAAAUGGAUCCGAGAGACGGGGUGAAUCACGCAACGGUGAGGCUUACAAUGGUGAUGGCAAAGUUCAUCAGAACGGUACUGUAAAAGCUGGCCGUGAAAAUGCUCAAGCCAGAGGCUAAACAAGUUUGAAGUCAUUUUCUUAAACUCUGAUGGGUUCUUUUUGUUCAUUUGAAACUUAGAAUCUGAAGUUUUAUAGGAAGAGAUAGUGAGAGGGACAGAGACAGAGAGAUUAGAAGUUCUCUUGGAGUAGGUUUAUCUCUUAGGCGAUUAUCCCUUCUUUCCUUUGAGAUUUUGUUUGGGAUAACAAAAAUUUGAUGAUUAC